AUGUAUGAUAGCCUCGUUGUGUCUACGGGUUUUAAGAUUAUUGAGAUUGACGACGCAGGCGAAAAGAUCCGGUUGUACAACUAUUGUGAGAUAUGCAAUGCAGCGGAUGCAGUUGCUCAGGUCUUAAGCAGUCUGGAAAAUAGCUUGGUAUUGGUGGCAGUGCCAAAGUCGUCAAUUUUUGUCUCAGUAAUAAUAGGGAUCUUGAAAUCCAAUAAUGUUUUCGCGUGCACGCUAACAUCGAACACAGAUUCAUUACUUAAAGAGCGAGAACAAUAUAAGGCUUCUUGUCUGGUGUCGUUGUCCAUCGGUUCGGAUACAUAUGCCAGUAUCUACAAUUCAACAGUAUUUUUCACAUUUUUUGUUGAUGAUAAACUUCCUAAUGUUGGAAUUUCGAAAAACUGUUAUGUUGUACAUACUUCUGGAACGACGGGUAAACAGAAGGAAGUUAUUGUACCAUACACGGCAAUAAUGCCAAAUAUUGUUGAUUUCAGUGAACGGUUUAGUCUUUCUUUAUCGGAUAUCAUUGCUUAUGGAACAGCAGUCACUUUUGAUCCAUCUGUAGUGGAGCUGUUUUUGGCAGUUCAUGUCGGAUGCGCUUUGCUCAUUAUUCCAGAGGUUGUCAGAGUUCGGCCUUCAGUUUAUGGAAGGGUUCUCCUGAAUUAUGCUGUAACAUUCUUACAGACUACGCCUUCGGUCCUUAAGCUUUUACCUUCAGUCGUUCUUAGCGAACUGCUCUCUGCCACUUCUUCUUUACGGGUACUAUUAGUCGGCGGAGAAGCAUUUCCCCUAAGUUUUCUGAGGAAAUAUUUUACUCUGCACUGUAAGACGACAGUGUGUAACGUUUAUGGAUUAACUGAAGUUUCAUGUUGGGCAUCCGUUCGGAAGGUUGAUUACGAGACUUUGAUACAAAGCGGUGAAGUUGACAUCGGUAACCUUAUUCGUGAGACAGCUUGGAAGAUAUCACCUUCGAACGAACUGAUGAUUGGUGGUCGUAGGUGCAUUAUUGAUCGUUCAUAUGAACAGCAGUGGGUUGCCACUGGUGAUUUGGUUAAGAUAAAGGUCAACGGAAUUCGACUGAAUCUUAAUGAAAUUGAAGCAAAAGUUGCUAGCUUGGAUGGCGUUGAUUCCUGUGCUGUCUUGAAUUACAAAGAAGGCUUAAUUUUGUUUCUCAAGAGUGGCCAAUUACAGAGCAUGGGAAGUAAAGUUGAUCGUCGUGCUUUGUUUGAAAUUUUUAAAAAGUCCAAGAGUGCUAUUGCGGUAAAUGAUAUUCCAGAAAUUUUUGCCAGUUUCGGUGUUGAUGUGGCGAAAGAUAAACAUGAAACUUUUGUGUCGUUGGGAUUCACGUCUUUUAUGGCGACGGAAUUAAUGCUUCAAAUCGAACAUCUGGUGGUAAAGCCAGGAUUUUCGAUCGUCCAAUAUGUCUUGUCUGAUGAUGGUACUGUUGAGGGUCUCCUAUCUGCACUUAAUUGUUUACAUCAAACAAGUGUCAUAACUUGUAAUACCGUCACUGAGGAGCACUUAUCGGUUCUUGAUUAUGUUUCGCAAAGUACUUUGUGUUGGGAUUAUUACAUGGAGAAAUGCAUUGAUGCAACUCCUGUUGUAAGCAAAAAUUUUGUAAUCAUUGGUUCACAUUCUGGACUUCUGAUUUCUGUGGCAGUGGAAGACGGAACACUGCGAUGGAAAAGGCGUUUUGGUGAUCGUAUUGAAGGUUCAGUUGCUGUGAAGUAUGGUACGGUAGCCGUAGGAUGCUACGAUCACUACGUCUACUUUCUGGAUGAAGAUACCGGAAAUAUGGUAUGGAAGUUUGAAACGGAAGAAAUAGUCAAAUCUACAGCAGAAUUUAUUUCUGACGGAAAAUGCAUCGUAACUUCACACGACAAAUACAUUCGUUUGUUGGAUUAUAAGGUAUCAGUUGCAGAAUUUUAG